GCCGCAAUGUCACUCCCCUGCAUUAUCACCAACGAACCCGUCCGCGAACGUCGACACCAAAUCAAUCCCGGGACCGACGAGCAUCGAUAGCCUGGCACACAAACUGAGCAGGCAGGAUCUGCGAUUGGAUGGUUCUGCCUUUGUACCACCUCAACCGUCACCAUCAUCACCACCCAUACUCCCCGACAUACCGCACCGACAGCCCUGCCCUACCCUUGAGACUGGCCACGACCCUCGGCUAGACAAUGCGUCGCUGCUUGGGCGACGCAAGCUAGACUCUAUAAUACUGCCGCUGGCCUCUUCGUCUCAUGCCAUGGACACACACCGCAGUCUUGGCAGUCUUGUCCCGGGUAACACUAGCAGGGCGUUCCGUCGGCAGCAGAGCACCCAUUUCAACACCGAUCCCAACAAUCCCACCAGCUCGCGAACGCCCCAGACCGUUGUCGAGGGCAUGAUAUCCAGCGGAUCGCAAUGUAAUGUGCGCAGCGGGCCACUCCCAACCCCGACAUCUGCGAUGUGGCUGGACCCUAUCAUUGAACCCGACGACAACCUCAACUUCGACCCCCCGUGUGUGGACCUGGAGGUUGACGAGGCAUACUGCGCAGGGAAUCUUCCAGAUGGUGACGAGAUGGCUUGGAUUGAGAGCGUCAUGUCCCUUCGCCGGGCAAGCACCCCGGGAGGCAUCAGAAAGAACAGAUACCUCCCCUAUCGACCCUCGGCUGACGCGGGCAUGCGCUGCGCCAAUGUGGUGAGGAACCGGCCGAGGAUGCGAAGGAGGAAGAAGCUGGGACCAAACAGCAAGGCGUCGUCUGCCAUAUCGUCGCCCAUAUCGUCACCCGUCAUUCCCCCGUCUCUGCCAGACGAGCUUGGCCAUUAAACUUUGUCUUUUGUAUCGUUUUCGUUUCGUUCUUUAUCGUUGCAUUGGCACAAUAUACCCCCCGCCCCCGCCCCCGUCUGCGAAGGUCUCAUCGCAUAUGGUGUUCGUUCUGGGGCAAUUUCGGCACCAAGUGCAUAGCAGUUAUCAUUCAUUGCCAUUGGGGAAGGGCGAUGGGCGCACAAAUAGACGGCGUUCUUUGCGGAGCAUAUAUCGGCGUUCUAUAUGCAAUGAAGCACUAGGGAGAUUUCAGAGCAGCAGCAUUAUUCGUUUUUUCCCUCCUUCCUUCAUUU